CGACAAUACCCAUGACACCUGUAACUCCGGUAGAUCUUGCAGGCAUCACAGCUUUGCGCGAUGUGAUCCGACGCGAUGUACAAGAUCUGGACAGCGGUUCCCACCACCGCUUACAGAAGCAUGUUCAGAAACUAUCAAAAGCUGCUGAAAUUUCUUUCGCCGAGUACGCACUGCUCGAGCGGCGCAACGACUUCCUGCAAAAGACCAAUAGCGAAGCUCGGGUACGGCGAUCCACGAGACCAAAAGUCAUCGGAACAGCGAGGGUGAUGAGCUACGAGGAUUUGGAGAGGGCGAGAGAUGAACGGGCACUUCGAGACGCGAGACCGAUCUCAAAGCGCAGAUCAAGCACUAGGGCUGUGGAGCACAAUACCAUUAGUGAACCUUCGAAUGUGGACCAGACCAAUAUCGAUUUGGUAAGCGUACAAGAAAUACGCACAGAACCGGUUGUUGAAAGACACGAGGAAUAUCGAGUGCCAACCGCUAGAAUGUGGUAAUGAUGGAUCCGUGAACUAUGCUCCGCGGACUCCCAGUCUUUUCGC